AUGUCUCAGAUCACUUCUAUUUACUACAAUGUCUUUCACUUUGAGCUUCAGGGGCUCAUGCGAAAUGGAUUAUUCGGUGGAAUUCGCUCUGUUAUGGUGAAGAUUGUGAAGAAUUCGCACAACUGUGGUAACGAUAAUUGUAGUGCAUUUAUGAGUUUUUAUAUAGAUCCACCAAUUUAUAUGAGAACUUACCCUCUAUAUGCUCAAAUAGACAUAUCGAUGUUUCGAAUAACACUUUACUAUUUUACAGAAAAACUCUUUAAUCCUAUGGAACAUAUCCUAGUUGUGAACUAUGUGUCAAAAUUUUUGAUUUAA